AGAUACAGAUAUGUUCGUAUCUGUGUCUAAGACAACAAUUUUGACAAUUUUUAAUCAAGUUAUGGAGCAAUGAAGUGCCACCUUCUUAAAACUCAUCAUCAUGUGGUGUCUCUUUCUUAGUCGACAACUGGGCGCGGUUACUGAAGGUUCGAGUUUUAGAAAAAGUUUUUAUUCAGUGGAACAAAUGAUUCUUUUAAAGGAUCUUUAAAUUUAUGCACAAAGCGUUGAACAAAAUGUGUAUCGAAAGUGCGUGAUAAAAAUAAUUGCGAAUAAUGAAAUUUCAACGCUUACUCUCAAACUGCCUAAGUGAAGGUGGCCACUGGAGAAGACAUCCGAUUUUGAUUUUUGCGGUCGGAGUUAUUGUCGGUUGUUGCCUCAUUAAAAUAUUUAACACGCCUUUAACCAUCGACGGCUUCGAUUCGUAUAUUAGUCGAAAAAGAGACAUUAUCCAAAAUUCGGAGAACUCAACGCCCCAUCCCCACAUCGAUGAAACGUUACCCGAUGUCGGCAGCUUUCAUGAGCACCCUUAUGACGAUACAACUGUGGCCGAUCAGCUGAAAAAGGAAGUUCGUAUUCUCUGCUGGGUUAUGACCAAUCCGAACAACCACAAGAAGAAGGCGCGGCACGUGAAAAAAACUUGGGGCAAACGUUGCAACAUUCUCCUAUUCAUGAGCUCUGGUGAAGAUGAUGAACUACCCACAGUCAAGUUGGAUGUGGGAGAAGGUCGCGAAAAUCUAUGGCGUAAAGUGAAGGAGGCUUUCAAGUAUGUGUAUGCGCAUCACUACAACGAUGCGGAUUGGUUCUACAAGGCAGACGAUGAUACCUAUGCUGUGAUCGAGAAUCUUCGCUAUAUGCUAUAUCCCUACAAUCCAGAGACGCCCGUGCACUUUGGAUUCAAGUUCAAGCCCUUUGUAAAGCAAGGCUAUAUGUCGGGAGGAUCCGGAUAUGUGCUCAGUAAGGAGGCACUUCGACGAUUUGUGGUCGAAGGUAUUCCUGAUCCCAAGAUGUGUCUUCCUGGCACCGUUGUCAAUGAAGACAUUGAAAUUGGCAAGUGCAUGGAGAAUCUUAAUGUAACUGCCGGGGAUUCUAGAGAUUGGAAUGGACGUGGACGGAUGUUCCCCUUCAUUCCGGAGCACCACUUACUACCCGGAAAGGAUAAGACUUUUUGGUAUUGGAGCUAUAUGUUCUACAAAACGGAUGAUGGACUCGACUGUUGUUCGGACAAUGCGGUAUCCUUUCAUUAUGUCGAUCCAGCUCAGAUGUAUGUCAUGGACUAUCUGAUCUAUCAUUUAAAGCCUUACGGCGUAGUGAGAAGUCAUAGUCGUUUACCCGACAAACUGCAAGUGGGUGAGUUCCUUCCGUCCCCAGAGAUGGUGACUGAUGCUAGCAAUGAGGAUUCCAUGGACGAUGAGGAUGAUGCGAUUGGCAACACAACCUCAACAACGACAACAACAACAGUAAAUUCAAUUGCUGCAGCUACUGAAGAGAAAAACGAUGCUGGGGAAGUGGUGUGACGAAGCAAAUCUAAUCAUAUAACCACAAAGUCAAACGAUAGACAAGUUCAAUUGCCAUGUGUGGAGGGGCGAUUGUGGAUUGCACCCGUAAUUGUUACUGAGCCAGCAAUUGAUGGUUGGGCGUCUGUGUGUUAAUGGGCCAGCAAUUGAAAUGGCAAUUGUAAUUGCAAAUUAAUUAAAUUUAGGCAUGAAAUAGUCGGGCUCCAACUUAAAUAGUUGCACACUUGCAGUUUGCUCUGCUUCCAAAUGCGUGUCACCGCAAUUAUUUUGCCGGAACCGUUUUCGCUUUUUCAAAGCAUAGCAAUUAAAAGUAAAUUACAUAAAUUGCUUAUCACCGAAUCACUUUGCAUUUCAAUGCGAAUCCAUAUGCCUACUGUAAUUCAACUAGCGAUCAGCGAUACAAACUCAUGGAAAUCAAGUAGCGAAAUGUUCCUCACAUGCAACUAAGUCAAAAAUUGUAGUAUAUAGAACUCGUAUAUAUAGCAGAACAAUUUGUGUCGAGCUAAAAUUAAGUUUAAUAUCUGCAGUUUCCCUAUAUACGAGUAUAAUAGGCAAAAAUUGCAAUGCUUUGUUGUCUCAAUGAACUCAUUUUCAACGUGUUUCUAAUUCAUAGUUUUUUCAAUAGACCAUUUAUUUGGCGUUGCUUAUUUACCUUGUUAUAUAUGAUAUAAAUACGCUUCAAUUGUGUUAUUAAUAUAAAGUUGUUUGUUUAAUUUAUCGAAUAAGCUAAUUCUUAAUCAUUUGUUUGUAAAUUUUAAAUCAUGA